CGUGGGUUAACAUGGGCUCAUGGGAUAGAAGAUAUUACAUGCCCAUUAUUCACUCUGAACUUGUGAUAGCACGGUUUUCUGGACUUGGGAGUAUAGGUGCCCACUUUUGAUCAGCUCAUGGAGAACUGUAACAACAUGAAUGAUGAGACUUGGGGCUGGAAAGGAGCACCCUGACUCCUCUUUUCCUGAUGAGUAAUAAGCUGUAAAUGCCUGUCCUCUGCUGCUGAGAGAGACGGGGGCUCUCCUCCUUUCCGGGGGGCCUUUUUGAAGUGGCAGGAAUUCGUGCUGAAGCUCGGGGCAGAUGCGUGAGGACCCUUUCCCCGCUCCUAGUGCUAGUAGGAAGGAAGGGUCUGUCCUCUGCCAUCCCCACCAGAUUUGGGGUCGCCUCUAUCUCCCCCCAGCAACGAAAGGCAGAAAGAAGCACCUUCACCAUGAUCUGAAUGCACUCAAGGGAGCAGCCAGCCACAGGGAUUAGAACAUUCUGUACUUUGCUUUUGAAACAAGUGGCAAAAGAAAAUGGAUGGCUUUUUAGACUUCAGUACAAAGAACUUCUCUUCAGCCAAUAUGUCUAAUGUCUUAUCUGGCAAAUUGGACUACCAAUUCAACACCACUGGUAGUCCUCCUUCAAUGUCAAUAAGUAGGCUUUUCCCAGCCCUGUUACAGUGCUUUGGCAUAAUCCUUUGUGGAUACAUAGCUGGAAGAGCCAACAUCAUCACAUCAACUCAGGCCAAAGGUCUGGGAAAUUUUGUCUCCCGCUUUGCACUCCCAGCUUUACUAUUCAAAAAUAUGGUAAUACUUAAUUUUUCUAAUGUGAACUGGUCCUUCCUUUACAGCAUCCUAGUUGCCAAAGCUUCUAUAUUUUUCUUAGUCUGCAUUUUAACAUUAUUGGUAGCCAGUCCUGAAAGUCGAUUUAGCAAAGCGGGUUUGUUCCCUAUUUUUGCAACACAAAGCAAUGACUUUGCACUGGGAUAUCCAAUAGUUGAAGCUCUGUAUCAAGCCACUUACCCAGAAUAUCUCCAAUACAUUUACCUAGUGGCUCCAAUUUCUCUUAUGAUUUUAAACCCUGUUGGAUUUAUCUUCUGUGAAAUCCAGAAAUGGAGACAGAAUCGCAGUACGUCACAUAACAAAAUCAAAAUAGUGGGACUUGCUUUGCUUCGAGUGUUGCAGAACCCAAUAGUAUUCAUGGUCUUCAUAGGAAUUGCCUCAAAUUUUAUUCUUGGCCAGAAGAUUCCAGUAUACCUUGAAAACUUCCUUGAUGGACUAGCCAGUUCAUUUUCUGGUUCAGCACUUUUUUAUCUUGGACUCACCAUGGUGGGACAAAUAAAAAAACUGACAAAGGGUAUGUUUAUUGCACUGAUUCUUCUCAUCACAGCUAAACUACUGAUGAUGCCAUUUCUCUGCAGAGAAAUGGUGGAAUUGUUGGACAAGAGUGACAGCUUAGUCAACCACACCAGUUUAUCAAACUAUGCAUUUCUGUAUGGAAUCUUUCCAGCAGCACCAGGCGUGGCUAUCUUUGCAUCUCAGUUUAACAUGGAAGUAGAAAUUAUUACCUCAGGAAUGGUGAUAAGCACUUUUGUGUCUGCUCCUAUCAUGUACGUUUCUGCUUGGCUGCUAACCAUUCCAUCUAUGGAUCCAAAGCCACUAGCAUCAGCAAUCCAGAACGUUAGCUUUGAUAUCAGCAUUGUCAGCCUUGUCUCCUUGAUAUGGUCUCUAGCUGUCAUUCUUUUAAGUAAGAAGUAUAGACAGCUUCCUCAUAUGCUUACAACAAAUUUACUUGUUGCUCAGUUUAUUGCCUGUAUUGGAAUGGUGACAUGGAAUUUCAUUAUUAAAGAGAGAGACAUCACUGUGCAGAUCCUCAUAUUUAGCUUGCUGUAUAGCUCUCUUUAUAGUACCUACUUGUGGACAGGUCUCCUAUCCUUCUCUUUAUUCAUGUUAAAGAAAAGAGAAGUGUUAAAAAUCCCUGCUGGAUACAUCAUCCUGACAGGAUGGGGCAUCCCAACACUGCUAGUGGGUAUCUUAUUAAUUCUUGGUGAACGUAACAAUGAUAGCAUCGACUCAGCAUUUUUUUAUGGCAAAUACCAGAUAAUUACUACAGCAGUGACUCUAUUCAUCAGCUUAUUGAUGUCAGGCAUUUCCCUUAUGUGUAUGAAUCGAAAUAGACAGGAAUCAAACUAUGAAGUCUUGAACCCAUAUUCAUCUAAUAGCCAAAUAGAAGAACCUGAAAGAGAAAGGAAUGAAGAAAGCCAGGCAUCAGUUGAUGUCUCCCAGACUUUCACAGAUACCUCUGCAGAAAGAGGUUGCUGCUCAUGCCAAACAGCGAAUGGUGGAUUACACUACUCCAGAGAAUGUGAGCCAGUGUCAAAGGCUAAUACUGAUGGUAGUGAGGAUCCUUCAACUGAGACGGAUCAAUGUGCAAACCAGUGUAGUGCUCAAACCUGCAUAUUGGCACAGGAAGAACAACUUCUACAGACUGGAGACAAACAGCUGGCUAGACAUGUGCUGCUGUGUUUACUUCUCAUCGUGGGCCUAUUGGCUAAUCUGUCCAGCUGCUUCUGGUGGUUGUUCAACCAAGAGCCAGGAAGGCUGUAUGUGGAAUUGCAGUUCUUUUGCGCAGUAUUUAAUUUUGGACAGGGCUUCAUUUCAUUUGGUAUCUUUGGUUUAGAUAAACAUCUAAUCAUUCUGCCAUUCAAAAGAAGAUUUGAAUUCCUCUGGGGUGGUAGAACAACAGCAGAACAUACAGAUUCCUCUGUUCCUGAGGAAAUCAGAAUGACAUGCCAACAGUUUGUUCGCUAUCAUAGAGAUCACUGUGUCAGGAGCAUUGUCAAAGACAGAAGGUGUGGUGCAAAGAUCUCAACUGGUAUCUUCUUUGGCUGUGACCUGGUGAACUGGCUUAUCCAAGUUGGCCUGGCCUCUGACCGUGGUGAAGCUGUGAUGUACGGAGACAGACUGGUGAAAGGAGGAGUUGUCCAGCAUAUUACCAGCGAAUUUGAAUUUCGGGAUGAGUACUUGUACUAUCGCUUUGUUCGUAAGAGGUCUGCUGUGAAUGAGAGGUACUAACCUGGGCAAGUACUCAAAAGAGAAUCAAGAGCAAGCAAGUUCAUCUCCCCUGCUCUCACUACUGACACUUGAUGCAUUCUGUUUCUUCUGAUUCCUGCAGAAUUCUGUUUCUCACUUGUAAUGCAUAAGAAAUGCUGGUUCUGCCUGUCUCUCACUCCCAAAAAACUAUAGCUAAUGACCUGCUUUGAAUGCUCACUCACGCCAACAUCUAUGUUAAAUAACGUAACUUAAACCAGUAGAAGAUACUUGUCAUCAGCUAUUUUUCCAGUUUGAACAAAACAAACAGGAGUUAAAAGAUUCCUCCCCUCAUUAUAUCCAAGAACAAUAUCAGUGAAACAGCUGAUAGCUGCCAGUGCCAUAUAGAAAAUGUAUGCAUUCUAGUGGGAUUAUAUUCUGUAUUUUACCAUGUUUUAUGCAUUUACUCUGGUGAGUCUUGACCGUUAGUUAAGAUAGUUUCAAUGAGUUUCUCCAUUGAUUUAAUGGAGCCAGUCUUUCCUUCUACUGCCCUUCCACCAUCUUCCUCUUCUUAUCACUUUGUACACUUGCAUAAAAAUUAGGAACUUUUGCUCAACUGUUUAUUUAUUAGCCUAGGUAUUUUAUUCCUCCCAUAAAUAUGGAAUCCUUUGCUUUUAAUGACAUAAUUGCUGUGAAUAUGAUUUAUGUCAAAGGAUUAGGAGCAAGUAAUUAGCAGCUGAACAAAUAACAACAAAGAUCCUGUUUUUAUACAAAUUAAUCAAGUCUGAAAGAGACAAAACAUGUCUUGCAGAAACAAAAAAAGAUGGAACUAAUUCUAAACAAUUUGUUAUCCAGGGUGUUUUUUCCAUUUGAUGCAUGUAACUCUGUAAAAAGAGAAUGAUUAGCAGAUUAUUCAUUCCUUCUGAGUAUCAAGUCUUUCAUUUUCAAAAUCUGGAGGUAGUAAGCUACUUUGGAGAGUUGAAGCUUUGGGUAUUUAUGCAAAUCAGGUCCAGAACAUUUAACAAAGUAUAAAAACUUUUAAACUAGAUGCUCUGACUUUUAAAUUUAUCUAAAGAAAACUUAUGGAAUUUCUGAACAUGAUUUUAGAAUUUCUAAGGAUUUAAAAAAAUAAUAUUCACUUUCUUGCCAAACAUUUCUUUCAUGGAUAUAAGGUAAUCAAAUUCUUCUAAGACUCGGAUAUCUCCCUAAAAAUUUCAAAUAGUGCUCUGCGUUGUUUGUAUCUUUUCGAUAUACAAAAUGGAGUUUGAGAAUCCAUAUUAUCUGAAAUAUUUUGAAAUGGCUAAAAUAGAAUUGAUGUACGGAAUAACUACUGCCCUUUUAAAACUGCCAGACCAAUACUAAAUUAUUUCCACUAGACUUUUAAUCAACAUUGUAACUGGGGGGGACCCACAAAAUAACCUUUUACUUAAGUAGAGUAGCCAAGUAUGAAAAUUUCCCUUCAAAUCUUUUUUUUUUAAGGAAUUUUUUCUUUGACAUGAGAAACCAAAUCCUUUUGCUGACAAACAUGUAGUCUUUCUUGCACAUCAAUCUGCAGCAUGCAUAGAUGCAAACAGUGUACUGCUGUGUGCUGUACAAACUGGCGUAUUUUACCUUUUUUGAUAACCAAACAACCUGACGUUUAUAGUAAUGUGGCUUAGUGUAUGCCACAGAUAAAAUGGAUGCUUUACUCUUGUGACAUUACAACAGCUGAAAACAGAUGUGUUAAACUAUUUCGGAAGAAAUUUGGAAUAUAUAUGCAUAUAUACACACACACUAUAUAUAUGGAAGCAGUGGUUAUAACUGGCUUCUAAAUGUUGCAGAUGCUCAAUAAAUCUGGAGUUGUUUUAUCUGGUAGUUCUGAAUAUUUUGUUGUAAAAUGUGAUGGGAUACCCCUGUAAGGUAAACACUGCAUGAACUAUUUCUGUCCUUUUGAGGGUCCUCUUAUACUAGUGAUUUGGCAAUCCCAGUUUUUGCCCUUUGUUUUCAAAAUGGAUUUUAUCAGUGCAUCUUUUUAAUUGGCUGGAGGACCUACUGUGAAUUGAUCUCUUUCAAAUGGAGAAUAACUGACACCAGCUAUGAAAUAUUUUGGGACUAAGCUCCUUUUGACUGGUUUUCUGCAUUUGUUAAAUAAUCCACUUGAUGACUUACGGCUAGUUUCUUGGAAGUGUGUUGUUAACCAAGCAGUCAUCUUUUCUCUGCUUUUCCUUAUCUAAAAUGGUCCUGCUUUUUCCCCUUUUUAUGAUGCAUCCAGUCUACCCCAGGUUUACAUGCAAAAUAAUCAAUCUCUGAGGGAAAAAUUCCAAAACUCUAAGGAAAAAGCUCCUUAUCACGUUGUUCUCUUUAAUUGAAGUGGAAAUCAUCAUCUUAUUAAUAACUGAGUUACAAUAUUGUGACCGUUGAUACUAUACCAUCAUCUAAUUACAUAGUCUGCAAUAGUUAAUUAAUUGAUUUAAUGAAACCGUAAAUUAAAUUCAAGAUACUUAUUUUAUUUUUGAGCACACUCGGCACCACUAGAAAAUGAGCAGUAGAUUUUAGACAGUGUUCGAAAGCUGGUAAGCCCCCAUGACAGGAAGGCAGGUACUUGCUUCCCUGUGGUGUGGAAGCCUUUAAAGUAGCCUGAGUGCCCACUUCCCAUUCAUUCAGAUGUUUGGGGACUUUUGUUGUUAAAGAGCUGAAAGGAUGUAUUAGGCUCUUCUCUGUUUCAGGUUGAUUAGCUUGGAAUGACAGGACUAAUUUAUAAACUGGAACCUAUAUGUCCAGAAUACACUUCCACCAAUUCAGUUGCUCUGUCCUGUGAAGCACUGAGGUUUAACCUUUUUUUCCUGUAACUUAUUGAAGAAACCAUGGAAGAAACGUUUAAUUCGCACGUGCUUUCACAACAGUAGAACACAUUAGGUAAUGAGUUCCGGUGACCUAUUUAAAGUCUCUCUCAACUGCCUGGUGUUCCUAACCCAAAUGUGUGUUAAGGUUGCCUCCUAGAGGUCACUUAAACUUGCUUACCAAUUUCUUUUAGUUCUUUCCUUUAUUUUUUUUCCUAAAAUAAUUCUUCCCAAGAACUCAUCCAAAAUAAAUCCCAUGUGACAGCAAAAGGAGGUGACAUCCAUCACUUCACCCACCUACAGACUGAAGCAGGCCAAUUACAAUGGUGUAUCACUUAGACCCAGAAAGGGAAAACAACAUGGAAACUACAGGGGAAUAGUCCAAGUGUAAUUGCCCAUGUUGGAAUCUGGGCUGACCUCCCUACUUAUUACCAUGGGAUUAUGAUUAAGUGGUAAGGCAGUUCACUUUGUGAACCUGUUUCACCACUGUGUUACUCCUGUUUUAUGCUUGUAUAACUCUAUUGAUUUCACAGGAGUUGCAUAAAACUGGAAUAUAGCAGCGGCAAAGCAAGUACUAUAACAGAUCUUACUUCGCAAUGCUGCCUAACACUGUCUAGGGGCAGAACUUGAUUCACCACAGUAACCAAUAUAUGUGUUUGUAGCAUCUGUUUAAGGACUAUUUUAGGAGGUGUAACAAAGUCAAAAUUAAAGAUGGAAUGACUGCUAAAUGAUUUGCUGUCAAAUAAGACAUACAUUAGGAACUGAGAAGGAAUGUGACAAAUAACACUUUAUUGAAUCGUUCUUUUUCCAUUUCAUAAACAUUCUCUGUAUUCCUGAAUUCCUAAGAGAUCUCGUUUUUUAUUAGAAGAAUGUGAUGGCAGCAGAGAUGCAGAAAGACCAUAGUUAAC